AUGCACACACAUCUUCCUCUUUCUCCCCCUCAACUAUUAAAAGAAUUCCUUCGUAUGGAACUACCAAUCUACGGUUUCUCGUGGGAAGCCACUAUACUCAAACCGGGCAAAACAUACCGAAUUCCUUUCAAAUUUGUGGUUCCCGAGGCACUCCCCGUCCAAGCCUGUCACCACCAAUGCUCCCAUUACCAAAUCCAACAACAACACUUGCAACUACCAGCAUCUCUCGGCAACCAAACAAAAGGGUUGGAUAGAGCUCAUGACAUGUCACCUGAAACCGCACAGGUCUUGUACAGCAUCAACUUCGCGAUCUGGCAUAGAAGCGGCAAGGCAGACAGAGCAAAGAAAGUCCAGGAAUCAACACAUCCAGUUCAAAUCAUCCCAAUUCGAGAUGAAAACGCUCCAAUUCUCGUGCCGCCCAAGAACCGACAUUAUCAACUACAUUCAGAAAAGACCUUGUCCAAGGGCGUAAUGCGACAUAAGGUGGGCAAAAUUACCGCGUACUCCGCCCAGCCUCCAGCAAUCCAGAUACACAACCUCCAGACGCAGAAUGAGACAGCAACUGUGUUAAAGAUCAACCUUCGAUUCGACCCUUUCCAGCCAGGCGAAUCGCCGCCGAUUAUUCUAUCGUCUCAAUUUCAGCUCCGUGCCAUGACCUUCUUUGGUCUAGAUCCGUGGCAGGAUUCUCCUGAUUUGUCGGACGUCUCCACGUGGGGCCCUCGGCAAGGCUUCUGGUCUGAUUGUUUAUCUUUGACCCCGGAUAAGAAUGUGGAGGUCGAGUGGAAAGCUGGCGAGGAAGAUGAUCGAACGACUUUCACCGCGUCGGUUGAAGCGCGCGUUUCACUGCCAAGUCAUCGACAAUAUCCACCUACCUUCCAUUCGUGUUUGGUGUCUCGGGUGUAUGCGCUGAAAGCAAUAUUGUUUUAUCGUGCGCAUGGGAAGAGUCGGGGUAGUUCGAGCAUCGCACUUUCUGUUCCGGUUGAGAUAUGUGCGCUGUGA